AAACCCACAUGAUAGGAUCUACGCUAGAGUAUCUUUGAGCUGCUGUAUACACCGCAAGGAGUUUCUCUGCAAAGGGGAAGAGAGAGAGAGAGAGAGAGAGAGGGUGAAGGAGACUUCUUAAUCAUGUUCUGUGCCUGGUACCUUCUGUGCUUGAUGACCACAAGAUGUUUUGGUAACUCGGCUCUAUGUGGAAAUAAGACCAGACUAUAUGGAACCCUAGGACAGUCUCAAGUAUUUGUCCAACUGAAUAUGGAAGCAGGGUCUGAAAGUCUUGUAAUUCGGAAGGUGCAGGAAAACUACAAAACAAAACUGCUGCAUUACAAUCUCAAGACUAAAGUGGUGGAUACAGAUGACAGCAGAUUCCAGUACAAUGAAAGCUGUGGCAGCGUCUCGCUCCUCCGGCUACAGAGGGGAGAUGAAGGAGUGUACGAGCUGACAGUUGAAAUCAAUAAAACAGAACGGUUUUGCAAUUUUGACCUCAAAAUUUAUGAACAGAUCGCACAGUUAUCGGCCAGCGUGACGGGUGGUUUGCAGAAUGACAGCUGUGUGGUCACCAUGAACUGCUCAGUGGAGAUGGGAGAUGAUGUGUCUUUUAGCUGGACUCAAGACCAGAAGACUUUAAGUCAUAACAGCAGCACAUUAGUGAUUGGCAUCACCCCGGACAACGCUAACAGCUCGUACACUUGUAGAGCCAAGAACCCUGUAAGUGAGCUCUCCAGUACAUUGAGAUUGACAGAGACGUGCAGCCCAACACAAGCUAAGAGUCCAGUGAAUUUUGAUCUAAUAUAUAUUAUAUCUGCAACAGUUGCCAUUAUUCUAAUGAUCACACUGGUCUUCAUAAUAAAAGUAUGCCUCCACAAAAUAGGUCAUUUCACACGUCCUCCAGUGAUUUCCCCAAAAAGACCACAAGCACCAGAGCCAACACCAGUUCCUACGAAUCAAGCAAUCAGUACAAUUUAUGCAGCAGUCCAGAAAAGAGAGACUCUAUCUCCAAGGAAUAAUGCGACUGCAACUGGCAACAUCCCAAUUUCAACUGUUUAUGAUCUCGCUGGUCCCAGUAAUGCAAUACCAUGAAGAGAGGGACCCAUCCUACGAUAUCAUACCUGUCUGCAGGCUGCAGGAUAAUAAAAUUCCAGCUAGAAAACUUGAGUUCUGCAAGUUGGCUAAUAGACCGGAAUUCCCGACCUACAGCAAUAACUCAGCACAUGCAUAAAGUAUUGUUCACACCAUGUUUCAUUGACAUUGCUUAUAAUUACAAAGACCAAUCAAUACAACUUUAAAUGAGAAAGUUCAAAAUGGCCACCAAGAUGUCAAGACACAGAGCUGAUCUUGUAAAUGCAUAUUAACUGCUACCAGUGGUCAGCAGAGACCUGAGGAAUACAGUGCAUCUCAGGAACCUCAGACCUUUAUAGUUUUUGUUAAAUUAGGUCUAGAAUUUGUGAGUUUCAUUUUCAAAUUCUGUUUAUAUUUGCAAUAUCGCUUAUAUAUAGAUGUAUGUAAUUUAUUAUGACAAGAUUAAAUUUUAGUUUUUCUACAA